AUGUCUGGCUAUGACUACAUUCCCUACGUGACUUUCAUUACUACAUUCUGGACUGCCACCAGACUGUCGCAACAAGCCAAUUUCAAUGCCCAGCUCGAAUUGCUGAAAAAAGACUGCAGGAAGACAUUUGGAGUCCAACAGCUGCAUUUCUAUCAACAUGGCCGAGGAUACAACGCUGACUGGGAGGUAACUGAAUCUUUCCUCGACUCGUUUGAAGAGUCUGGUCGAACCCAGAUGGCGCAAAAUGCCAGGGAUAUAAUUGCAAGACAUUAUUGUAGUCCAAAUGCAUCGGCAAAUCAGGCAGUGACUCCAAAGAUUGUCCAGGAGCUCAGAGAUGGCAUCCCCAUAUACGAGACAGAUGCAGGACGGGCUCUUGGUUUGCAACCUACCUCUAAUGAGCAGCACAGAGAAGCCUUUGAUUAA